GGUAUUUUUAAUAUUACAUCCAAGACAAGCCUAAGCCCACAUAUUUUUCGUUAAAAAUUUCCGGAAGAAACUAAUAUGGCAUUCAGAAGAAAUCCUCCCGUGCCACCACCGCCCGACUCUUUUGCGCCACCGCCACCACAGCCUCCUGCUCCCCCACAUCGUUAUCAAUAUCAAGAAGACUACUAUAGUAGUCCUCCUCCUCCGCCUCCCCCAACGCCUGCCACCGGAGUAUUCCCAGCGCCACCGCCGUCCAACUACAUAUACCUGCCAAAUAGUAGUCCUGGUCCUGGACCACCCAUGCCGCCUUUUCCAGCUUCGUACCGGAAUUACGGCCCAGGGCCUCCUCCUCCGGGACCACCCGGUCCACCGCCGCCAUCGUUUUAUGAUGACCCCUUUAGACGAUCAUCACCUCCUGGACCGGCCACUGCUCCACCACCUCCUCUGCCUCCCCCAUAUUACUAAAG